AUACCUAAUCCUUUCACUUUCUCAAAUUUAUGAGGCAGCCAUUCAAGUCAAAGGUAAUUAUUUUAUCUUCCAACUGCAUCCACUCCCUCACUCCUCCCUGUGUGAUGUCAUGUGAGAACCCUUGGAGGCUGCUAGCUCCUAAGCCAAAUUCACAGAGCAAUCACACAGCGAAAAGUAAAAGAAUGAAAGAGAGGUAGCAAGUUCUGCAGGUGAGACAGAAUGACAGAUCCACUACUUGUUAAAGCUUGCAUAAGCCUUCCCUUUCUGAAGUUAUCUGUGCUGUGCAGCACGUUUUGACAGAGGGAAGGAAAAGAAAAAGAUGUAUUUUAGUGUACUUCCAGGCAUAGGGCAACACUGACAACAGACAUCUGUGGAUUUGCUUCUCAUCAUGGAGUCACAGUCCAAGAUUAAUGGUCACCCCUUAAACAGGAACUCUAUCCAUGAACAGGGGAUCACAUCAAUAAAGGCUGUAAUUGUGGGUGAUGGAGGUUGUGGUAAAACAUCAUUGUUAAUGGUGUUUGCUAAAGGUGAUUUCCCAGAGGCAUACGUACCAACUGUGUUUGAAAGAUACACAGCUCAGUUCAACACUGCAAGCAGACCUGUUGAAAUCAACCUGUGGGACACUGCUGGGCAAGAAGACUACGACCGACUGCGUCCUCUUUCUUAUUCAGCUGCCAAUGUGGUACUUAUCUGCUAUGAUGUCACUAGCCCAACAAGUUUUGAUAAUGUAGCUGUCCGGUUUGUCAAGUAA